CGACUAACAAUAAUAAUUUCAGAUUUGAUUCAAAUUUAGGGAAAUUUGCCCAAGCCUGGGCAGCACUGGUCCCCAAAUCACCUGAUAUUUCCCUAACCUCACUUUUGUAAAUUUCGUACAAAGCUUCCCGUUUUUUACCCGUUUUACAACAAUGAGUGACUCAAAAAAGCCCGAUUCGGGGAAGGUGGACGCCGAGUUGUCCGAGCUGCUGGACAGUGCUUUGGAAGACUUCAAGAGUGAUCCGCCGAAAGAGGCCCCCAAGGACGAAGUCCCCGAUGCGGAAUGGUCGGACGAUUUUAUCCGGCAAGCCGCCGCUCAAUUCGAGUCAAAUUUCGCCAAUUUGCUUGGGGCGAACCCCGAUGGGGCCCAAUUGAGUCCCGAAGAGAUCCAGGCCAAGUUUCAACAAAUCGCCGAAACGGCACAACAAGUUAUAGAAAACCCGAGUGGAGAUUCGAAUGAUUUCGCCGCGACGAUAUCACAGACUCUUCAGGGGUUGAGUCAAGGGGCUGAGGGGCUGCAAAACCCCAAUUUGGAACAGGAUAUUAUGAAUUUGUUUGCGGGACAAGGGGACCAAAACGCCUUUAUGCCUUUCAUGCAAGGGAUGAUGCAGAGUUUGUUGUCCAAGGAUGUGCUCUAUCCCAGUUUGAAGGACAUUUUAGACAAGUUUCCAGAUUGGUUGGACAAAAAUAAAGACAAGUUGAGUCAGGAAGAUGCGGAGAGAUACGAAAAACAACAGAAAUUAAUGGAGGAGAUUUGUACAGAGUUGGAAAAGGAGAAGGAAAGCGAUAGUAGUGAGCAAAAGAAGGAUAGAUUUGACAAGGUUUUAAGUUUGAUGCAAAAGUUGCAAGACUAUGGACAACCCCCGACCGAUCUAGUAGGCGACGUGGGGCCCCCUUUACCGCUAGAAAUGCAAAACAACGCCGACCCCAAUCAGUGCAAUGUAAUGUAAAAGGUGAAAAUUGUUGUUUGUUAUUUAUUUAAAUAGUUUGGGAAAAUC